GAGUGAUUGAUUGAAAAUAAACUCCAGAAUGGGGAGAAGUAAAGGGUGGGAGUUGAGGUGCUCAAAGCUGCGCCGGGGAGCUGGUUUGUUUAAGCUGGCGGCUGUCUGGCUGGGGAUGUUAGUUUGAACUGCAAUAUUUGUUUUGUACACAAUCUUUAGCCAGCAGCACGUGUUGAAGGUGGUCGCUGUGCGCAUGCUUUGGAAAGUUGGGAUCCCGGUCGGCGGCUGCAGUGAGCGGGAGACAGAGUGUGUGUGUGUCUCUGUGCAUACCCGGGGGAGGGCUGCAGCUGCUUCGCCCCAUUAACCCAUGUCGCCUCGCUGGGAACCGAGCUUUCGAGGCAUCUCUGCGAAACUCUCAAUGAUGUGAUUGGCCCGACUCUCCUGUCCCCAAACUUGUUUCCGUCUGAUGUGUGAAGGGGCAGCGCGGGGAUCCGGAGCCGGCGCCAUGGAGGGGAAAGAGGCGAGUUUCUCCGACCGCUACGAGCCGGUGGCCGAGAUCGGGGAGGGGGCGUACGGCAAGGUCUACAAGGCCAGAGACAGGAACAACGAAGGUCGCUUCGUGGCUCUGAAGAAAGUGCGAGUUCAGACCGGCGAGGAAGGGAUGCCCCUCUCCACCAUCCGGGAGGUGGCUGUACUGAGGCAACUCGAGUCCUUCGAGCAUCCCAACGUGGUCAGAAACUCCUUCUAUCGGUGUGCAUAUUACCUGUUGUUUGAUGUAUGCACAGUGUCUCGAACAGACAGAGAGACAAAAUUGACUCUAGUUUUUGAACACGUUGAUCAAGAUUUGACUACCUAUUUGGAGAAAGCCCCUGCACCAGGAGUUCCUCCCGAAACAAUUAAGGAUAUGAUGUUCCAGCUGCUUCGUGGACUAGACUUUCUUCAUUCACAUCGUGUGGUUCAUCGAGACUUGAAGCCCCAAAACAUACUUGUAACCAGCAAUGGCCAAAUCAAGCUGGCUGAUUUUGGCUUGGCACGCAUCUAUAGUUUUCAGAUGGCACUUACCUCAGUGGUUGUCACUUUGUGGUACCGGGCACCAGAAGUUCUGCUGCAGUCUAGUUAUGCAACACCUGUUGACCUAUGGAGUGUUGGCUGCAUAUUUGCAGAAAUGUUCCGUCGAAGUGCCCUUUUCCGUGGUAAUUCAGAUGUUGAUCAAUUAGGAAAAAUUUUUGAUGUACUUGGUCUUCCAAGUGAGGAUGACUGGCCUCUAGAUGUGGCACUACCAAGAGAUGCAUUUUCAACAAGAUCUCCACAACCAAUACAGGACUUAGUACCAGAGAUAAAUGAACCAGGGAAAGACCUGCUGCUGAAAUUUCUAACCUUUAACCCAGAGAAGAGAAUAUCUGCUUUCAGUGCACUGUCCCAUCAAUAUUUUAUGGACCAUGAGAAAUACACUGAGAAUCAGAACUUGUGUCUAUCUUCAAACCAGUCUUCUUCAGAGGGGAACACAGCUUAACAUCCACCCGAAGUAUACAAAGCCGCAAGAUGUGCUGAUUUCGUAGUACGAUUUCAUUUGUCGAGCAUUGAAUUUUUGGUCAGACAUUAUACUCUUGCAAAGAUUACUUGACAACUCAAAUAUUUUACAGUAUGACACAAUCUUAUCAGUAUGCUGCUUUUAAAAUAUGUCUCUUAUUUGUGCUUUCUUGAUUAACAGUAAACCACCAAUCGGUUAUAUAAUGAAACAAUGCAAAAACUGUUGCGGCUCCUCCGCCAUCUCCUCCCUAUCCAUCCUGCCCCAGGAAAUUUCUGGACUCAAUUAGCUGCUGUCUAUUCACAAAUGCUGCAAAAUCCUGUUACCUGAAUGUGGCGUGCUGCAAAUGUGAAGUAUUUGGAAAAAUGGGAUAAAGUCACUGCCAAACUACCAAGUACAGUCACUGCCAAUCCUGCCAGAGUUUGUUCUCCAGCUGCUAAGGCCACAAUUUGUUACGUUAAAAGAAAAGACAUACUAAAUGUCCUCACUGAAGAAAGAAUGUAAUUUUUUAAAUGAUCUUUGAAUAAUAAACCAUUAAAAGUGAAACAUUUUUCUUCAACCAUUGCCCAAGGUGCUGUGAACAUUUGGGUAUCAACAGUGUUUUAUAUCAACAAAUAUUGAAAACAUUUCAGAAGUGAUUGCUGUGGCAUUAGCUGGAACAAAAGAUUUUAACAGAACAGUUGGAUUUUAAAGAACUGCU